CUAGCAGUCCGGGCUGAGGUGCGGGAGCCAUGGCGGCCUCUGAGGCGGCGGCGGCGGCGGGGCCAGCGGCUCUGGCCUUGGGCGCCGCGGCCGUCCCGGCGGCCGCGAGGGGAGCCGCUGCCGCCUCUGGCCCGUGGGAUCCCCCCGGGCGGCUGAGGGGCAGCCGGCCGCGACCCACGGCGGCGAGGCAACAGCCUGCGGGUGCGGCGCCGCCGGCCCGGGAGCUCAUCCAGCCGUCGGUGAGCGAGCUGUCUCGGGCCGUGCGGACCAACAUCCUGUGCACGGUGCGCGGCUGCGGCAAGAUCCUGCCCAACAGUCCCGCGCUCAACAUGCACCUGGUCAAGAGCCACCGCCUGCAGGAUGGCAUAGUGAAUCCAACAAUAAGAAAAGAUUUGAAAACUGUACCAAAAUUCUACUGUUGUCCAAUUGAAGGAUGCCCUAGAGGCCCUGACAGACCAUUUUCUCAAUUUUCUCUCGUAAAACAGCACUUUAUGAAAAUGCAUGCUGAAAAGAAGCAUAAAUGUAGUAAGUGCAGCAAUUCAUAUGGCACUGAGUGGGACUUGAAAAGACAUGCAGAGGAUUGUGGUAAGACCUUCCAGUGCACGUGUGGCUGUCCCUAUGCCAGCAGGACUGCGUUACAGUCCCACAUCUACCGAACUGGCCAUGAGAUCCCUGCAGAACACAGGGAUCCACCUAGUAAGAAAAGGAAAAUGGAAAACUGCCUGCACAACCAGAAGUUGUCCUGUAAGACUGUUGAAUCACUGAGCAACCAAGCAACCCCAAGACCAGAUGCUCAAGAACUGGAAACUUCAGAAAUAAAGCUAGUGGCUUCGUUUGAAGAUUCUUGCAGCUCUAAUGCCAGAAAGCAGACUCUUCCAACACCUUCAAGGUAUCCUCAGAAGUUGCUUUUACCAAAGCCCAAAGUGGCUUUGGUUAAACUCCCCGUUAUGCAGCUUUCUCCUGUGCCUGUCUUUGUGCCUACAGCCGACUCCUCAGCCCAGCCUGUGGUGUUGGGUGUCGAUCAUCAGGGCUCUGCCCCCGGUGCUGUGCACUUACUGCCCUUGUCCAUCGGAACCCUGAUCCUCGGCCUAGAUUCGGAGGCUUGCUCUCUCAAGGAGAGCCUCCCUCUUUCAAAAAUUGUAAAUCCUGUUGCUGUUGAGCCAAUUAGCACAGGUGUUCAAGUGAACUUCGGUAAAAGUCCAUCUAACCCUUUACAAGAACUAGGGAACACAUGUCAGAAGAACAGCAUUUCUUCAAUCAAUGUACAGACAGAACUGUCUUACACCACACAACACUUUAUACCGUCUGCAGAGUGGGUUAGCCCUGAUUCCUCUGUGUCAUCUUGUUCUCAAACUGAUUUGACAUUUGGUUCUCAAGUUUCCCUUCCCAUUAGUGUUCAUACUCAAACUUUUUUGCCCAGUUCUAAAGUAACCUCAUCUAUAGCGGCUCAGACUGAUGUGUUUAUAGAUGCCAGUUUCCAGUCAGGUGGGAUCUCCAGAGAAACUCAGACCAGUGGAAUGCAAAGUGCAACCGAUGAUCGAGUACAGAUGGACCAAGGUGUAAUGUGUGGAGACAUUUUUGAGAGUGUCCCUUCAUCAUAUGGUGUUUCUACAGACAAUAUUAUAAGCAGCAGCUUAGUAGCAGAGACUGUGACUCAUGGUUUGUUACCUCAGAACCACCCUAAAACUUUAAAUCAAGAUAUUGAGAAAUCUGCACCAAUUAUAAACUUCAGUGCACAGAAUAGUAUGCUUUCUUCACAGAAUAUGACAGAUAAUCAGACCCAAACCAUAGAUUUAUUAAGUGAUCUAGAAAACAUCUUGUCAAGUAAUCUGCCUGGUCAGACACUGGACAAUCGUAGUCUUUUGUCUGACACAAGUACUGGACCUGACACCCAGCUCCCAUCUGGCCCAACCCAGAAUCCUGCAAUUGAUUUUGAUAUUGAAGAGUUCUUUUCGGCCUCAAAUAUCCAGACUCAAACUGAAGAGAGUGAGCUUAGCACCAUGACCACAGAACCAGUCUUGGAAUCCCUGGACAUAGAGACCCAAACUGACUUCUUAUUUGCAGAUGCCUGUGCCCAGUCCUACAGUUGUAGGGGAAAUUCUAACUUCUUAGGCCUUGAAAUGUUUGACACACAGACACAGACGGACUUGAACUUCUUUUUAGACAGUAGCCCUCAUCUGCCUCUGGGAAGUAUUCUGAAACACUCCAGCUUUUCCAUGAGUACUGAUUCAUCUGACACAGAGACCCAAACUGAAGGAAUCUCCACUGCUAAAAACCUACCUGCUCUAGAAAGCAAAGUUCAGUUGAACAGUGCAGAAACAUAGACCAUGAAUUCUGGCUUUGAAACUUUGGGGAGCUUAUUCUUCACCAGCAAUGAAACUCAAACAGCAAUGGAUGACUUUCUUCUGGCCGAUUUGGCCUGGAACACGAUGGAAUCUCAAUUCAGCUCUGUUGAAACUCAGACAUGUGCAGAACUACACCCAGUCUCCAACUUCUGAAAGUGGAAUCCACAUGGGGGAUGGCAUUUACAGUUGGUUCCCUUCUGGAUUUAGAAGAUGGAGAACCGGGACAGCAGUGUUAACUCUAUUGAAUGUACUUGAUGAUACAGUUACUUCGAAUCUCUGAGGUUCUUUGCCUUUUGUACUUGUAAACAUGAAAUUUGUGUAAAAAUGUGUGAGUGUAUUAUAAAGUUUAAGAUGUUGAUCUAACAAUGAUUGUAUUUGUGUUGCCUACAUUUGCCCUUUCAGUGUAGUCUUCCCUUCUUAAAAAAAAAAAAUGUAUUUCACACCUUUAAAACCCACCUAGCCAUUUAGCUGAAGCCAAGCUCACCAGGACUAGGGUACAAACUUUUCAAACCUUCAAAACAUUUUAGUCAAAGUAUGACUUACUUAAAUUGCACCUAAAAUACUUUCACCAGUGCUUGUUAGAAAUUCCUGUGUCCCAAUAAUGUCUAAAGAAGUCUGACGCUGCACCAUCAGAUUUAAACACCAACAGCUUCAUCUGCUUUGACAUCUUACUCUCCCCUGAUUUGAAGACACAAAGGAAACUACACUUGUCUUUAGCUUUUGAGACAAUUUUCAUAUAGUCAAUGCCAGCCCUCCUCUACGUGAACUCUUACUGAUACGAACGUUAAGUGUAUAGUACUUUCCUCACGAGACAUGUUGCUGUAAAAUUAUUGCUUAAAGAAGUAGCGGCAAGCACUUAGUGUAAAUAGUGAUCCUUUCAGUCUAAGUGACAGUAAGUCACCCCAACUAUGGAAACGCUGGGCUGUGCAGUCAUGCCUGUUAGCCCAGACUGGAGUGUGUCCUACGAGCAUCCCUCCUACUCCCUACAGAAGGCCAGGCCGGUGCUCCAGAGCUGCUCCUCAAGGCGCACCCACCAGCUGAGUCUGAGUUUUGUCUCUCUAAAUGUUUAAAAAAAAAUAACAUAAGGAGAAAAGGACAUUCCCCCCUAAAUUUCAAUACUUUGCAUAAGCUUGAUAGGGCAAGAGUGCAAUCAGCAGCUAUUUUAAAGUGAAUCUUCUUUUCAUCCACCUCUCAUUUUUUCCUUAAAUGAGGAAACACAUUGGUCUAGCAAGGAUAGUAUUUGUGUCUUGAGGAUAGCAAUUAUAGAAUAGAUCCAUCUAAAAUAUGGUGUUCUGCAUUUUGUUGCUUUGUUUGUUUAGAGAGGGUAAUACCAAACAGUCUUCAAAGAAAAUGAGGUGAAGACCAAGUGCUUCAAUAAUCAAGAACAUCUGUGUUUUGAGAUGGGUGUGUGGUUAAGUAUGCUUUUGGAGUUUUAUGUAUUUAGGAGAUUCUGAGUUCUUGAUUGUUGGCCAACUUUCAGGCAAGUAAAAAUCAGUGCAUUCUGUAAAUUUUUCUAAGUUUACCCAGAAAAAUGCUCUGUUUUUUCUGUGGCACAUGCUUAUGCUGCUGAAGGCUAAAUCCUCAAAAUAAAACCUAAGGAGGGGACUAAGAAUUCACUAAAGUAAAUUAAUGGUGUUGCUACUAAUUCCUAUCCUGUAGAAGAAUUAUUGGUAGUGGAUAAAUAACAUAUCCUGAGCAGGUGAACUCAAUCUGAUAGAUAAAAGUUUGCUUUGGUCACAGUUGCCUAUGAAUAUGGGUUUCAAAAGAAACAUAAAGCCUUAACUUAGAAUUUCAUUAUGUUUUAGAAUCAUCACUGCCUUAAUGUUCAAACAUCUAUUUAAGUUCUCCUAAUAAGGAGAAAUGCAUGUUUGUUUAUGGCUUUUUGUAAAUAUAUAUGCAGUGAUCUAUGGCUUUAAAAAAAUUCUGUGUUUCUGUGACAGUGUUUGUUAAUCCAGCCAAUAGAGUUAUUUGCAGAAAAAUGGAGCAUGUAAUAGUUCUUCAUGUACAAGUAAGAACUGUUUCCCCCCAAAACCUUAGUUACCUGAAUUGUUCUAAGAUUAUUUGUAAAAUCUGAAACUCAGUGAUUAAAGAGAAGUGAUAAUUCUACCUUUUGUGUAAAUUCUUCAGCAUACUCAUAAUGUGACUUCAUUGCCUUAACUUUUCACAAACUCAUCAUCUUCUGAAAGUCACACAAUGAAAUGACUGUGCCUAGUUAUUUCCAUUACUGUCUUACCUUUGUUCAUGAAAAUAUGCUAAUAAUUUUCCUAGUAGAAAAUGAAAAGACAUUCCAUUACCAAAACUUCUGGUAUUUUUGGGCCACGCCAUGCAGCUUGUGGGAUCUUAGUUCCCUGACCAGGGAUUUUGAACCUGGGCCCUCGGCAGUGAGAGCACAGAGUCCUAACCCCUGGACCGCCAGGGAAUUCCCAAAGCUGCUGUUUUGACGUAAAGUUUUUAUUUUGAUAAAAACUGCCCUAUGAUUUAAGUUUUUGGAAAAUUUUUUCAAAGGAAAUUUGAAAAAAUAAUUUCUAAAGAAAUUACUCUGAUUCAUUUUUCAUCCAAAUGUCACCAUUUCAUAAUGGGGUGCCUUUUAUCUUUGUAAGUAAUAUGGUUCUGGCUUAAGAGCAAAAAUAAGAGGGUAGGACUAUGAGUAGUUCUUUGCUCAUGCUCAGUUACUAAUUCCAGGAAAGCCAAAUCAGUGUGUUUGAGUCCCUUUAGAUAAAGGGAAAUAAAAGUAGAAAUUUUGUAUAGACUUACCUGAAAGAUGCAGAGUAAGGUUUGCAGCGUAGAGCGGGGGCUUCUCGUUGUGGUGGCUUCUUUUGUUGCGGAGCACGUGCUCUAGUCACGCAGGCUUCAGUAGUUGUGGCGCACAGGCUUAGUUGCUCCGUGGCAUGUGGGAUCUUCCCAGACCAGGGCUCGAACCCAUGUGCCCCGCAUUGGCAGACGGAUUCUUAACCACUGCGCCACCAGUGGUGUCCCGGUUUGCAGCUACUUUUGAUUGGAAGGAAAUGUAUCAAUGUCAGGCUAGUUGUGAAGUUGAGUUGUUUAAUGACAGGGUGAUAUUUUCAUGUAAUCCUUUACAGUCUCAAUUUUAGAAUGCUUCUCUUAGUUCCAGUCCAAACUUGUUAUCUAAUAUUGACUCUGAAGAGUACUUACUAUCGUGUAUACUUAAAAGAAAUGCUUCUCAGACUUGUUUUCGGAAGCCUCUUUAAUAAAGAGUAGGAGGAACAUGUAACUUUGGGGCAUUUAGGAAUGAAGCCUUUGAAGUCUCAAGUAUUAUGCGGUUUUAUUUUCCUUAUAUCUCAAUAUAUGUGUGUGUGCUCACCUGAAGUGUGUUAAAGUGCCACGGAUUAGAUUUGACACUAUGAGAGGACACGUCAGUCUGUUGGCUUACUGGUCACUCCCAACAUCUAAAAGACUUAAAUGACAUGAAUUUAAUCUAGUUUUUUCAGCAAGAUGUCGGCUAGUCUAAUGUUCUUAUAGUCCAAGAAGAUAGUCGACUAAAUACCAUUGUUUUGCAAUGCUUAAAUCCAAAGGGUUCUCUCAGUUGUGUGAAAGGUAUUUAUUAGCAGACACACUGAUACACUAGUUUACAUAUCGAGAGAAGCAGGCUAAAGAGCAAAUGGAAAGGCCUCUCAGGUUGUUGGUGUCCUCAAAUUAACACAUUUGGGCACUGUAUUUUAAAAAUAUGCAUGUUUGAAAGGAGCAAAUGUCCAAAGUACGUGAAUGAAUAAGAGCAUUGUCUAUAAUACUGAAACUGAAAGAGGGCUAGUAUUCAUUCUGUUCUUUCAACUUCAGAAAAAAUCUAAAUUUAUAUAUUGCCUUACUAAUAAAUAACAAAAUAAACACAUUUGUAACUUUGUUCUAAAUCCACAAAAUCAGGAACAGUGAAGGUUGUCAUAGGAGAAACUCGUGGUCAAGGCUCUUCCAUUAACUUUUGGUUCUUUACUAUCAAGCAAGUUAAUAUUACAGGUCAUAAAGGCUACAAAAAAGAACAACAAAAUUAAAUAAUAUUCUUUUUUAGUUUAUCAGUGAAAUAGUCAAAUAUUUCAGAAAAUAAAAAAUUGUUUAAAAAAAUAUAUCUCCAUGGUGACUUUGUUAUUCUCAAAAAUACAUAUGUUACCUAUGUGAACAAAGACUUUUUAUUUUUGGCCUAAAGG